AUGCCUCCAGCUUCAACCCCAUCUCCGAAGUCGAUCGGGAGGGAAUACCCAACCCCGCUCACAAUCCCGCCCCUUACAAGCCAUACGCACACGCUGAUCCUCCUCCACGGCCGCGGCAGCAACGCCACCCUUUUCGGCCACGAAUUCCUAGCAUCAACGGCCCUCGCGUCGCGCCUCCCAACAACAAAAUUCAUCUUCCCCACGGCAGCAAAGCGGCGCGCCAUACUCUUUAACCGGACGCCGAUAGACCAGUGGUUCGACAACUGGUCGCUGGACGAACCGAAUUAUCGGAGCGAGAUCCAGAUUGAGGGGUUACAGGAGACCGCGGGGUUUCUAAGGACGCUGAUUGAAGAGGAAGCAAGGGUUUUGGAGGCCGCAAACAAUUUGUCAAGGGGUGAUGGGUAUGGGAGGAUUGUUGUCGGUGGGCUGAGCCAGGGCUGCGCGGCUUCGGUAUUCUCCAUGUUGGGUGGGUUUGCUGGUGAUACGGAGCCUGGGCAAGUUGAUUGGCGGUGUUUAGGGGGCUUCGUGGGGAUGAGCGGGUGGUUGCCGUUUGACGGUGAGAUAUCUGGCCUGCUGAAGAUGCAAGAGGGAGCGGACCCAGGCGACGAUGACCCUUUCGCGCGCGAUUCAGACGGCGCCGAACCCCCUGUGCACGUCCAGACCGUCAACCAUGUCAGAGAGAUCCUUGACUUACCACCAUUGUCAAAAGGGAAUAACUCGGAAGACGCGCUAUUCGUGCCCCAUCUUACUGUUCCUGUUUUCCUCGGCCACGGCUCCGCGGACGCAAAGGUAUCAGUCAAGCUUGGAGAACGGAUGGCGUCGAUACUGGCGGAUGGGCUAGGCAUGGAUGUGACAUGGAAAAUAUACGAGGAGUUCGGGCACUGGUAUAAGAUGCCAGAUGAGAUCAAUGACAUUGUACUGUUUUUGAAGGACAACGUUGGCUUCCAUGUUGAACAAGCAUAG